AUGAUCGUGUACUUUUUAACUGACCAACCCUCGGAUUUUUCUCGAUUUAUGGUAUUUCUCACCAUGCUGGUUCUGACCGCCCUCGUGGCUCAAGCUCAAGGACUCUUGAUUGGUGCUUCGACUGACCUUGAGGUGUCAGUGUUUUUGGGACCAGCUACAGGCAUUCCAAUCAUUCUUUUCUCUGGAUUUUUCAUCACCCUCGACACAAUUCCAAAAUACCUUCAAUGGCUCUCUUACAGUUCUUUCACUCGCUAUGCAUUUGAAGGUUCCAUGAAGGGUAUCUAUGGCAAUAACCGCACGACGUUGAAUUGUACCAAGAAGCCCUCGUCAAGCGUCUCGAUGCCCUGCCUAGGCGAGCCACAAUCUGUGCUCAAUCUUCUUAGUAUUAGCCGAUAUCACUUCGGCGUUGACUUCAUUGUCCUCAUCCUCUUCUUUAUAGCGCUCCGGUUUCUCUGUUUCAUUGUACUGAGAUGGAGAGCUCGAAAUUCCACGUAA